UGUUUUCUGGCUCCUCUAAGAAGAUAAUUGCUAAAUUUUACAGUUUUGAGCUACUUGAGGUUUGCAGUCACCGUAUUAGAUCGUGCAGCAGCAUUCGCUUUAUAAAAUCAAAAUAUGUGUGCAUGUUCGACAAAUCUGCCCUCAAGUUUAGUCAUCAACAGCGAUUAUUCAGAACAUCUGCUGUUUCGUGUGGCCAAAUUGUCCAGUUUAAGCUUUCUGACAUUGGAGAAGGGAUUACGGAGGUGACUGUCAAAGAAUGGUAUAUAAAAGAAGGUGAUAGCGUGUCUCAGUUUGAUAGCAUCUGUGAAGUACAAAGCGAUAAAGCUUCCGUUACUAUUACUAGUCGUUAUGAUGGCAUCAUUAGAAAACUCCAUUACAAUUUAGAUGAAAUUGCUUAUGUUGGAAAACCAUUAGUGGACAUUGAAAUCGAUGCUUCAAAAGGUGUUGCCCCAGAAGAAGAUGUUGUUGAAACACCUCCUAUGUCACAUGAAGAGCACACUCACCAAGAGAUAAAAGGUCACAAAACAUUAGCAACCCCUGCAGUUCGUCGUCUGGCCAUGGAGAACAAUAUUAAAUUGAGUGAAGUUGUUGGAACAGGGAAAGAUAACAGAAUCCUUAAAGAAGACAUACUCAAUUACUUGGCCAAACAAACAGGAGCUAUUUUACCUCCGUCACCGAAGGCUGAAAUUAUCCCACCUUUGCCAAAAUCAGAGACUGUACCAGCUGCUCCAAAGGACAAAGCACGCAAAAUUCCUGUACCUGCUGCCAGACCCAUUGUGUUUUCAGGAAAAGAUAAAACUGAAACUGUAACAGGUUUUCAAAAGGCAAUGGUAAAGACUAUGAGUGCAGCCCUGAAGAUACCCCACUUUGGUUAUUGUGAUGAGAUUGACUUGACUCAGCUUGUUCAGUUGCGGGAAGAACUGAAACCUGUAGCACAAAUUCGCGGAGUUAAGCUUUCCUUUAUGCCUUUCUUCAUAAAGGCAGCCUCUCUGGGAUUAUUACAGUAUCCCAUUCUUAAUGCUUCUUUGGAUGAAAGCUGUCAAAAUGUCACAUAUAAGGCUUCGCACAACAUUGGAGUUGCUAUGGACACAGAACAAGGUUUAAUUGUCCCGAAUGUGAAAAAUGUUCAAGUCUGUAGUUUGUUUGAGAUUGCUUCUGAAUUAAAUCGCCUACAGUCCUUGGGCUCUGCAGGCCAACUGGGAACAAAUGACCUCACUGGGGGAACAUUCACCCUUUCAAAUAUUGGCACAAUUGGUGGCACUUAUGCCAAACCAGUGAUACUACCUCCUGAAGUAGCUAUUGGAGCACUUGGAAAGAUACAGGUUCUUCCUCGGUUUAAUGGAAAAGGUGAAGUAUUUAAAGCACAGAUAAUGAAUGUGAGUUGGUCAGCUGAUCACCGCAUCAUUGAUGGAGCUACAAUGGCCCGGUUUUCUAACUUGUGGAAAUCUUACUUGGAGAACCCUGCUUUGAUGCUGCUAGACCUUAAAUAAAGGAAACCAUGGCUAGAAACAUGCCUUUAAACUUUGUGGAUUGGACUGAAUAAUUAUAAAAGCUGGCUCUGCUAGCACGUGCCCUUUGCUACUCACAUUAUAUAAUAAUUUUAUAUGGUUAAAAGUUCUCAACAGCUGAUAUCAGUCUGUCAAUUAGUUGUUACUUCUUUUAAUUAGUAAUGCUGUAAUUUCUUCUACAGCAGACUGUCAAAUUUAAUAGGUCAUGGCGUGACUUCUGGAUAUGGUGACGGAAUGUCUUGAUUUUGCCUUUUACAAUACAUACGGUUGUGAGGCUGAUGUGACUGAAUGACACUGAUCUACAUCUGUGGUAUUUAUAAUCUGAUUAACCUGUUUUGAAGGGAAAUACUCAUAGUUCUUCCUUGUUGGACACGUAAAUUUAUUUUAACAAAUAAUAUCCAAAUUCCCAAAAGAAGUUAUGCAAAAAUCAUAUACAAAUAAAAUGCCUUUUAUGCUUCUGC